AUGGCCCUCCGGCAACCGGAGCUGCCUCGCCCCGUGCUCCGCUGGCUGCUGAGCCUCGGCCUCUCCGUCAGCCCACGGAACUACCGCAGGGAUUUCUCCAACGGGUACCUGGUGGCGGAGAUCCUGUCUCGCCGCUUCCCCGCCCACGUCCGGCCUGACGCCUACACGAACGGCUGCUCGCUGGCCACCAAGCUGAGCAACUGGUCCCACCUGCGGCGGUUUUUGGCAAAGCAACAGUUAGACAUCACACAGGAGCUGAUAGACGGAACGAUUCACUGUAAGCCUGGAGCGGCAGAGAGCCUGCUGCGAGAGCUCUGCUGCGCGCUGACCAGCAGCCGAAUUGGAAGUCUUCAAGAGAUGCAGAUUGACUUCACAGACUGCUGUUACCAGACACAGCUACCAGUAGCUAUCAGAGCAACAGCUUCCACAGCCAUCAAGAGUAACAUCAGGUUGACAGAGAUGCUGGUAGAACCCAGCAUCUGCAUCAAUAGACAGAAGGCCAUUACCAUCAUUAACAUGCACAUAGGAAUGAGGAUGCAAGAGAGGGCAGAGAAUCCACGACGGUUUAACAUUAAACCAAGUUUUGGACAGCGUGUGGUUCACCAUUUGGAUUGCAUCAUACCCUCCACGAAUACAGCUAGUAUCCCAAAGCAGCAUUUGUUACCUCAUAAAUAGCACCAUGAUUCCAGCCCUGGUCUGGCCUAAUUCUGUGACUAAUGGGGUGAAGCUUCCCAAUGUGACGCUGCCUGAAACCCAUGGACCAAGCCCUGGAAAAAAGGGAAAAAGUAUGGAGAUGGGCCUAGUUGGGGAAAAAAACUCCAAAACAAUAACAGUGGUAACAAUCUAAGGGAGAAAACUAAUUUACUAAAUAUGAUAAUGGAAUGCAAGACAGUACAAUAUAAUUGGAAUCAAAGCUAAUAGAAUAAAUGAGGGAGUAUCUAAAAACUGAAAGCCUUACUCUGAUCCUGUAGAUGAGACAGCCAGUAAACACACGGAGCCAAGGCAGGCAAAAAGAAAGACAUUCUCAUGACUUACAGUAAGUUUCAGCUUUCCCUCUUAGUGGAAAACAGAAAUGAAAAAUGUGAAGUCUUCUGCAAAUUGUGGUCCAUUCUUCUUUUCUGAGACCAGAUCUGCAGCAAUUACUCUUUAAUUCCCAGUGCACUGCAUGAUCUUAUGAUGCAGACUACCAAUAACAAAUCACAAAACCAUGACAAUCAGUAAAUAAAAAUCUAUGCGAAGUGUUUGUUUCUGGUCCAUCACACUACACUUAUAACUAAUAUAAAAUGUAAAAAGAAAGCAUUUUAAUGUACAUAAAGAACUUUAAUAACGUCACUACAUUUUCUGUUCCUUACAAAGGCUUUGUUAAAUAAAGGUUUUAUAAAUACAUCUUAGCUUUCACUGAGAGUAUACAGGGGGACAAAGUGCCAAAGAUGAACUUCUUAGAAAAUAUACUAUUAUAAUCUAGACAUUCAAACCUAUCUUAACAAAACAUUAAUAAACAUCUUUGUACUACUAUUAAUGAUGCAUGUAACUAAUGAAUGCAAAAGUCACCUGUGCACUUUUGAAAUUUUACUUUUGCUCUAGAAUCCUGUGUAAAAACUAAUUAAAAUUAAAAAAAUAGUCACUGUGUUAUUACAGUCAUUCUAAAACAAGUUGCAGUGGCUAUUCAUGAGGUCAUUAAUCCUUUGAAAGAGUAUUUGGGUUUCACAGUUUAUCUGUAUUUUGAUGAUGUGUAGGGUUGCCUCUGUGCUUUAAAGGGAUUUGUUUAGUCAAUUUCAGCUGAAAUAUGUCUGUGCUGUCUAACAAUUUGUAUUAAAAAA